CUUUACAAGAUCUCACAAGGUGUUCUGCUGCCUCUUUGUUUGCUAUAAAUAUGGAUAAAGUCAUAUCAACCACAGAUGAUUACUGGCCAGAUUACAGCGAUUUCACCGUGGUCCCUGGCACAGGCAGGAGUCAUGCAGCCCCGUGCUUCCAGGAGGACAUCUACGGGUUUGCACAGAAGUACUCCCCUGCUAUAUACAGCCUGGUGUUCCUCCUGGCGGUUGUGGGCAACGUGCUGGUGCUGUGUGUGAUCCGACGCUACCGAAUGUCUCAAAGUGGUGGAGCCUGUGCCUUUUCUCUGACCGACACAUUCCUCCUCCACUUGGCCAUUUCUGACCUCCUGCUGGCUUUCACCCUGCCCCUGUUUGCAGUGCAGUGGGCUCACGAGUGGGUGUUCGGUUUGGCUGUUUGCAAGAUCUCAGGUGCCCUCUUCUCCAUGAACCGCUACAGUGGCAUCCUCUUCCUGGCCUGCAUCAGCUUUGAUCGAUACCUGGCCAUCGUUCACGCGGUCAGCUCUGGGUGGAAGCGCAACACCUGCCAUGCUCAAAUUGCGUGCGCCCUCAUCUGGGUGUGCUGCCUGGCCCUAAGUGGGGUGGACAUUGCCUUCAAACAGGUAGUGGAAGUGAACACCAUAGGCCAGAACAAGCCACACAUGUGUCAGGUGUGGUACACUGAGAACUCAACACAGUGGCAGGUGGGGAUGCAGCUGGUCAGCAUGGUUUUGGGUUUUGGGCUUCCUCUGUUGAUCAUGCUCUACUGCUACAUUCGCAUCUUCAGGUCUCUAUGCAACGCCACUCGCCGCCAAAAGCGCAAAUCUCUCCGCCUCAUCAUCUCCCUGGUGUCUGUGUUUGUCAUCUGCUGGGCACCGUACAACUGCUUCCUGCUGGCAGAGAGUCUGCUCAGGUUGGGAGUGGUGUCUGAAGAUUGCCAUUUUGGCCAUGUGGUGGACACUGGGACUCUGAUCACAGAAAGUGUGGGGCUGUCGCACUGCGCCCUGAACCCUCUGCUGUAUGGCUUUGUGGGGGUGAAGUUCAGGAGGGAGCUGGCAAGAAUGUGCAAGGGGCUGCUGGGACAGAGAGGCUGGAUGGGGAUGGAGGGAUGGAGUCAGAGGAGACUUCGAAGAAUGACGGGCUCAAUCAGUUCGGCAGAAAGUGAAAACACCUCCUUCUCUGUUAUGGCGUAACAUUGGUUAGAGAGACAGGAAGAAAAAAGUUCAGUGUGUCGCUGUGUGUGAGAGCGGGGGUCUGGUGGGAGAGAAAAAUAAAAAGAAAGCUGGAGUGAUUUCAGAGAAAGGAAAGACUGAAAGAAAAAACAUAUAUUCAGCUUAAUCAAUACUGCUAAAAAUGUUCUGAGGGAACAGUCUUCUUCGAGUGGUGCUUUUCCAUCUGGUUGUUGGUAUGGUGCAGCCGCAGGCUGUUUUCGUUCGUUACUGUGGUAAAAUAAUGAAGUGAGAGUGUGGCACAGAGUGAAACAUGCAUAACGCGAUAGUGACAUUUUUGGCACCUUUGUUAAGAUCUCUGUCUAUAGGUCAAACCCUGUAAAACACUGAUUUCUUCAUACUCGCAGAAACGCUUGUUCAGCAUUUAAAGAUGUUGGCUGUGGCUUCACGGUCAGACUCGCACGUCCUAAGAAGCAGUGGAUUUUUCUCAUAAGAUUCCACGCCCAGAUCAGUGAAACAAGUUUCAGCUUAUAACACAGUGGGAAUGGUUGUACAGAUUGAAACGCUGUACCUGUUAAAGUUCUCGUUUUUGUUUUUUGUUUUUCAUCUGUUUGUACCUUUACAGCUUUACAGUUAUUUCAGCCGUGUGCUUCAAAAAUAUCACUAUGUGCCGCAAAAGAGGAAAUGAACAUAACCGUUUUUUAAUAAAAAAAUAAAUAAAAAGA